CAUUGUGACUGUUGUUGCAUCGAUCUGAUCUUCCCCGUUCCUUGAUUUUUUUUCUCUCUCAUGGUGGGCAUUACCUGCGUGUUUGGCAAAAACUCUAUUCGUGACCUUUGCAAACCAUACAAAUCCUUUAUCAGAAGAUGGUUUCGUCGUAACAAGAAAUCAUCAUCCUCUAGCAGACAUAACCCGCAACGCCAGAAACAAACACAACAGGAACACAUGAAAGAGGACAGAACCACGAAUGGAAUUCACGGCUUCAGAUCGAAUGGCAAUGGUAUGAGAAGCAUUAAUGAUGAUGAUAGUCCAAUGAGUUUAAGAGGAUGUGGUUUAUGUAGGCAUAGAAGCUUAGAUAAUUCUUCGUGUUUUCCUUCUGAAAAUUCUGGGUCUAGAAAUAAUGCAAGCAGAAAGAUUAAUCACCCGGCCUCAAGCAAGAGCUGCGAUUUUAUUCCAACCCCUUCUUCUUCAUGGAACAGCAGCGGCAGUUUCAGAAUGCCUCCACAUGAUCUGAAGUCACGGAAUGCCAGUCGUAAGAGAGACACUCCAAUCAUGUAUUCCAAUUCAUCUGGGAUGCUAAAACCCCCACCAAUUGAGAAAAGACUAGAAUGCACUCUGGAAGACUUGUGCUAUGGAUGCAAGAAAAAAAUCAUGAUCACAAGGGAUGUCCUCACAGAUACAGGGGGAAUUGUUCAAGAGGAAGAACUGCUAACAAUAAAUGUGCAACCUGGAUGGACGAAAGGAACAAAGAUUACAUUUGAAGGAAAAGGAAAUGAGAGACCAGGAGCAUACAGAGAAGAUAUAAUAUUUAUCAUCUCCGAGAAAAGGCACCAAUUAUUUAGAAGAGAAGGGGAUGAUUUGGAAUUGGGUGUAGAAAUUCCCUUAGUAAAGGCACUUACUGGGUGUACAAUAUUAGUCCCACUAUUGGGUCGAGAGCACAUGAAUUUGACACUUGACAAUAUCAUACACCCUGGCUUUGAGAAGAUCAUCCCUGGCCAAGGCAUGCCAAUCUCCAGAGAACCUGGCAAGAGAGGAGACUUGAAAAUUACAUUUCUAGUUGAGUUUCCAACAAAACUCACAGGCAAUCAAAGAUCCGAGGUUGUUCGUAUUUUACAGAAUUCAACGCCUUCUUAG